AUGGGCCCACAAUUCAACACCUUGGACAAAUGUGGGCCCACGCUGUUGGAAUUUUGGGCCAAAUUCAGAACACUGAAUGGUGGACAUCAAGUGUUCACUCUGGUGGAUCAAGGGGCUAUCCAAUUGGAUAAGGCAUUACCAGUUGUCAUUCAUGGAGAUGAAGGCACCACAUACAAGAAAGAUGGGUGUUUGGUGUUUUCGUUCCACAGCGUAGUUGGUUGCGGAACUAUCUCAAACAAAUUGGGUCCAGUUGCCAACGACGAUCGGGUUGAUCCACACACCAACUUCGUGGGCAAUGCUUUUCAAACUCGAUUUCUUUUGGGAUCACUCUUGAGAGAGGAUUACAGAGAUGACUAUGGCCCCUACUUUGACUUGAUGAAGCUGGUGCUGCAAUCACUAGAUGCCCCUUGGGAGGAGGAGCCCUGGUUUACCCGCAUGCUCAUGCACAACCCCAACCAGAAGGAAGAUUUCCACAAGAUUGACCUGUUUCACACGAUAUCUUUGGGCGUUGGGAAAUCCUUUGCCGCAUCUGCAGUUACGAUUCUCCAAGAGAUUCUGGAAGGGACCUCCAUUGAACAAAGGGUGAAGGAAAACCGAAAAACACCCUACAUCCAGAAGAUUGACAGGGCCCUGCUUGGAUGGGUUGGCUCUCAAGAGCCCACGGGGGGCUGGUCAAAGGCUGCCUUCACCACCACUUUGUGCCAAUUUUUGGAAUACUUCUGCCGGGUCUACCAAUUAGAGACGGAUGAUGACGAAGAAUACAGGUUGGUAGUGUGUAUCACCUCGUCAAAGGAUCCUACGCUCAAUACAGCGUUACCUGACGCAGGUGUAUUUGUUUUGGGUUCGCAAGCGCUGAUGGUGCUGUCAAGGGGGGAGGUGAAAGUGAUGCGCUACGCAUUGGUUGGGAAGAGUGUGGCAG